AAACAAACAAAAAGCUAUUACAUCCAAGCUGAACGCCAGUUUACGGACGAUGCAGAUGUUGGAAAGUGCGUCUCAUAUGCUGUUGACCACAACGUUCGAGAGCUAGCUCUUAUUAUACCAUCGCUUAUUUUACUAUAUCAACCAAAGAUCCUGCUGCUACCAUCGAACUUUUACACCUCCCAAACGCUAGUGAAUCUGACUCUAUCAUUUAGUGCUCUCGUAGUUGAUGUUCCUUCCCUAGCUUGCUUUCCUUUGCUUCAGACGCUGGCCCUUCUCAAUGUUGUGUUUAAAGAUGAAAGCUCUCAUGUUAGGCUUCUGGCGAAUUUCCCUGCGCUCAGUUUUUUGCAUGUGAACCGAUACUAUAGUGACAAUGUGACAAGGUUCAUUGUGAAAGUUCCUUCUUUAAAGAGUUUUACAUACACGGACAUUCACGAAAGAUAUUCUGCUAUGCCCUUGGUUUUAGACUCCCCUGGAUUACAACACCUUAGUAUAUUUGAUUAUGGAGGCCUUGGCUCGAUCCAGAACAUGCCUCACCUUGAAACGGCUUAUGUUGGUCACUUGGUUCCUCAGCCAAAUGACAAGUUUCUGAGAUCUUUUUCCUCUGUCGGGAGUCUCCAUUUGAGAUUGAUGGACGUGACUACUUUGAGUAUCCUUCUUGUUCCUAUAUGUGAUGCUCUCUUUGAUGUGUUGUUAUGCUUAUGUUGUUCAAUGUAAUUCAACUGCAGGUUGAAUGUUUUAGCGCCAUUAAUUUCCCUCGGCUCAUGAAGUUUAAGCUGCAUCUUUUUAAACGAAGUUUCUCAGAGUUAAGGCCAGGUUACUCAGAGUACUGUUCAUUAGAACCACUUAUGCUUUUCCUACAUAACUCCCUUAUACUAAAGUUCUUACGAUCAGCUACGUAAGUAACUUCCUCCCUACCCAUCAAACAAUUAGUUUAUAGUAAAAUUA